CGUAAUAAUACAGCGGGCAAUACGUUUUUAUUUAGGUAUCCCCAGUCCAGUGAGCGGGUUGCUCGUGAACGGUCGACGUCGUUGCAAGUGGCUGUCCUUAUCGCGAUCGCCGUUUAUAUAUUAGCAAGAACGGAAAAAAAUAUUUCGCCGUUUAAACGAAACGCAUUAGAAUAAAGUUCGAGUUGCCGAUAUUUUCACGUUUUAAUUUGAUUUCUCGGCUAUUUAUUGUCUUUUUUUUUUACACGCACGCUUUGCGCAUACAGUUUUUCAGGAACGUGACUUUUACACUAUACUUAAACAUGAUUGUUAUUAUAUAAACCGAAUAUUAGUUUUUUGACAACGGUCCCGUUUUUUUUUUUUCUAUGCAAGAGCGUUUCGUUUCUCGUUAGUAUCAAUAGAAUUAUUGUUUAACGUUAUUCAUUCCAAUUAUUUUUAUUUUAUAACUUUUUCUAGUGUUUUUUUUUUUUCAAAUUCGAGUUUAACAGGUAGGUACGUACCUAUAAUACAUAUAAUACGUAUAUAUAUACGUUUAUAUAAGUCACGUACAUAUCAUAUUACUGCAUGCUUCUACGUUUGUAAGGUAUUCCGUUGAUUCGACAAUACUAUUUGAAGUCUUUCUAAAAACUACGAAAACAUUAUUUGAUAGAUAGGUAUUAUUUUAUUAUAAUUAUUUGUACAGGUGAUAACUUACGACCAACCCCGGACAAAAAAUCACAUUGAUCAUGGGAGGCCAACCGUCCAAAACGCCGUAAGUGUUUUAUUGUGCCUCGUUAAUUUUAAAUUAUCAUGCAAUUUUGAACGUUACUCGUUGACAGAGUUUGAUUUGCACUGUAAUGGUUGAUAUUAUACUUAUAUGUGUGUUAUAUUUUGUUAUUAUUAUAUAACGCACGUACAGGGUAGGUAUUUACUAUUGUCGUUCUAUACGAGCACGAACGUUUAAAUUAACAUUAUUAUCGUAUCCGAUUCAGAACAGAGACGAUCACAAUAAUAAUAACACAAUACACGGUUUUUCUGAAAUGGGUAUUUCAAAUUUAAUUUUAGUUUUAAAAAUAUUAUAAUUUGAUCCAUUUGAUUAAAAUUAUAGAUAGAUAGGUAGGUAUUAUACCUUCUUAUUUACAUUAAUUAUUUUAAUGAGGUUUUUAAUUUAACGUUUUUGUUGUUUUAUAAGCGAGUUCGAAAAUAAAAUGAUCGUCGUUUAUUUAUUUUAUACCAUUGUUUCCACUAGUAAAAAAGUUAAAAAUAAAUUUUAAUCGAGGAACAAAAACAAAAUGGUGUCAUUAGGGUAUCCCAGAGAUACGAGAGAACUUAUUGUAACAAUAUUUUCACUAAAACCGUUCUUCUUCUUGUGUCGGCAUCAUAUUCCCUUCUUUCCCAAUAAGCAGCAAUUUGCACUGCCUUGUUUGAAGUACUGGUUAUCGUCAUUAAAUCUGUCUGCACUUAAUUGGUAUUAGUGGACACACAAACAGAUAGUUUGCAUCCUCCCCCCACCGUGUUCGCAUUUUCUAUCCUCUUUUAUUUCCCAUUUUUUUUCAUAUUAUCCGUUAUCCUUUCAGUUCCAGUUUGCAAUCUAUUCAAUGUUUUAUGUCUACUAUGGUAGAUGAUUUUCAGGUGGUAAACUUUUAUUCGGGUUCUUCCAUAUCGCCCGUUAUGCCCGUUGAAAAUGUCUUUUUGAUCGGUAAAGGUCAGGAUUGUAUGUAUUACAUCGUAUAGCUCCUAAAUCGAAGAUUCUAUUGAUAAUAUACCUAUUUUAAAUAUAUUUGACCUGAGGCAGGCAAAUGGGGGUAUGAGGGUGAGUCAUCUUCCCUGUGAUCUUUUUCUCUUCAAUAUUUACAUAGCAAAGUAUGUUUGUUAUAAUAAUAAACAAUUCAAAAAUUAUAAAUUAUGAAUGACUUUUAAUAGGUAUCUAGGUAUAAUAGGUAUUAUAUUUUACAUUCUGAGUGAAUCGUGGAAUGUAUUUGUUUUACAGUGAUUUUUAUUAUUAUUUUUUUUUACUACUUUUAUACUGUGUACAACAUUUCUACCAGGAAUCAUGUUUCGAUUUUCAAGUGUAGCAUCUGAGAGGAAAUUGUACCUAGUUGGUACUUUAGAGAGAUCAUUUUUUGAUUUUCCGUGCAGUUUUAAAAAUAAAUGUGAAGAAUCGGGGAACAAACGUAGGAAAACCGUUAACAAAACAAUGCUUUUAUUAUUUUAAAAUUAGUUUUUUUUAUAGUAAUUUAGUAAAAAAUGUCCGUAGAGACUUGAAAUUUCGACAGAAAACUUAUAUUUGCCUUCUUUAGAAGUGGUAAAAUUUUCAAAAUUGUUGAGCCCUUUUAAAGCUAUUAAUAGACAUAUUUUAAUUUUACGAGUAUUCUCAUGUUAUUUUUAGUCGUUAGGUUGGUACUUUGUGAAUACAAUUAUUAAACCAAAUAGAAAUGCCUGAAAAUUUAACACAUGGUUCUAUAUUGAAUUUGUGGUACAAAAAAAAGAUUUUUUACGGCCUUAUAAACCAUGUAUAACGAAUUCCGCUCAGAAUUCUUUUUCGUUAGCAAUGAUUAAUCGUUGCAUACAGAUUUACAUUAACUUCCCCUCUAUAUCCUACCUUUCCAACUUCUCAUCCACAACAGUGGCCCACGCAUCGAGAAGUAUGUACGUUUUUAUUUUUUAUUAAAUGUCUUUGUUUUAUUACUUAUUUUUAAAAUGCAUUAUCACAAAAAAACAAUUAUUAUGAAACGAACUUUACCACUACCUAUAUAAUAUGUUUGUUAUCACUGUCCGCCCGUCAGCAAUCAUUAAACACAGUUUAUAAAUAGUAUUUCUAGGCCAAAUUGUACGUGUUGGUUUCGUCUAAAGGUUAUCAAUAGUGUAAGUGUAAUAAUAUUAAACACAAAAGAAAAAUCAUUAGUGUUUGUUUAGGUGAUUGGAUGAGACAUGCAUAAUAUCAUAUUUUUCUUGUCUUGACUAUUGAUAAUUGUUUGUUGAAUUGUAGUAUUAUAUACUUUUAUUUUGAUUUUUGUAGGAUUUACUGGUAGGUAAUUAAACUAUUUAACUAUAGUAAUAGUUUUCAUUUGUUUGUACCUACACAUUUACUGCAGUGAAGGUUUAAGAUAAUUUUUUUUUCUUACAAUUUGUUUUGUUGAUUUAGUCUCCAAAUUAUUAAAUAAUUCAUAAACUAAUGAUUGAAAUUAUCUAUUGUAAUAUGCAUAUAUUUUAUUUAUAUUAUUAAAUUUUCAGUUAGGUAGGUAUACCAAUAUCAUAAGUAUCAUAACUGGUGUGUAUAUUUGUGUUAAUAUAAGUACUUACCUACUGAUUAUUUAUUUCACUGUAAUUGUGUUUGAGAUCACAAAUGGUGUUUUAAAAUAAGAAUUUAUUUUGACUGUUGUCAAUUCUUAACUUAAUUUCAUUAAUCUUUAUCCAUAUUUUUACAUUAACUUUUAUUUUAAUAAUAUUUAUGUGUAUAGUACCUACUAAGUAUGAUGUUUUAAGAAUCUUAAUUUAAUAUUUUAAUUUAUUUAAGUCUAAUAUUUGUUAUAAAAAUAAAAUAAUAUUUUCUUUUAUAUGCACUUUGGCCAGAAAAUAUAUAUUUAGUUGAAUAAUGGGUAUAACGACUAAAGGUCAAUCUAAAUUCUUCAGAUUAGAUUAUAAUUCAAAUUUGUAUGCUAUAAUAAAAAUAAAAUUAAUGACAUUCAUAUUUUAUAAUUUCUAGUGUAACCAUGUUUAUUUUUAUGUUAGUCUUUGUUUUUGUUAUAAUGAUUGCAAUUUCUAUCUUAGUAAUUCCAUCUAUAUACAAAAUAAUAAUGGUUGGAUUUAAUAAACUAUUUUCCAGGGUUAAGACUAUGAAUAUUAAGUCGCCUAGUAAUGAACAAAUACGAGUUCUUACAUUGGAAGAUGGUCAAUUUCAGGAUGAAACAUUAUAUCGACUAAAAAAAGGUGAAGGACCUAGUUAUAUACUUAAUAUUUAUGUAACUAUAUUUUUAUUUGGUUUUUUUUAUUUUGUAGGAUGGCAUUUAGAAAUUCGGUUGGGUCCCUCACUGUUUGGAUACGAUAUUGUUGUUUACACUAAUUUACCUUUAGAAGGAUAUGAGUUUGAUAGAAAGAUUUAUCGGCGUCUUGAUUGGGUUAGAGAGUGGUCUAAUGAUGAUAUUACUAAUGACGAUUCAUCAUUAUCAUGUAUUAUUCAGAUGAAUAAAGCUGGUUCUUUUCAUUACUACUAUGAACAUCAGGGACAAAAGUAAAUUAAUUUUAUUUAUAAUUAUUUAAUUUUUAAAAUCCACUAUUACUCUUGUUUAAUUUUAAGGAAAGGAAGUGGUUAUAUUGGUGUUGAUCCAAAUUUGGUGGCCGGAAAAAAAGAUAUUCCUUUAGAGUCUUUACAAGUUGUUUCUGUUUUGGCAAAAUGUUUAGGUCCAUUUGAUUCAUGGAAAUCUAAGUUACAUGUUGCAAAAGAGUCUGGUUAUAACAUGGUGCAUUUUACUCCAAUUCAAGUAUGCCAUUGAAAAUAUUUAUAUCAAUUUUAUAACUUUUUACAUGCUAUAACUAUAUAGGCUGUACAUAAAUAAAUAAUUUUGUUUUAACCAUUUAUUCAGGAUUUUAUUUAUAUUAGUUUAUAAAUUAAUUCUUUAAAUUAUAUAUCUGAACAUAAUACCUACUUUAAAAAAUUAAUUAGUUUAAUUUAUAUAAAUUUAAAUUUAAAAAUGUGGAAUAAAUUGAUACAAUAUUUUUUAUGUUUUUUCCUAUAAUAUGCAACAGAUUAAUAUUAGAUUGAUAUUUGGGUAUUUGUAAAUAGUCAAUUAAAUUUAAAAACAAAAUGUAUAUUGAAUUUGAAAUAUGAUUUUAUACCUAUAUUAUUAAAUUUUAUUGUAAUAUGUUUUAAAUUUACAUUUAUAGGAACUUGGAGGUUCAAAAUCAUCAUAUAGUUUGAAAAAUCAAUUAAAGGUUAAUCCAUCAUUUAGUUAUUGUAACACUGAAGUUAAAUUUGAUGAUAUUAAAUCUUUAACCAAACAAAUGAAAAAUGAAUGGAAUGUAAUACUUUUAAAUUUUGAUUGACUUAACUAUUUAAUAUGUUCAAAAUAUUUGUUACCUGUCUACCUAGGUAUUAAGCAUUUGUGAUCUAGUGUUGAAUCAUACUGCCAAUGAAAGUUGUUGGUUAUUGGAACAUCCAGAAUGUACUUACAAUAUGGUUAAUUGUCCUUACUUAAGACCAGCAUACUUGUUAGAUUAUACUUUAUAUCAUUUUACUGUAGAAGUUUCAAAAGGUAUAUGGGAAUUUUCUGGUGUACCUGCAGUUAUUGAUAGAGAAGAACAUCUUGGAGUAAGUGUUUUGAUUAAUACUUUAUAGAUUUUUAUAACAUGUUUCUUAAUUAUACAUAUAUUUGUAUAUUGUAUAUGCAACAGAAAAAUAAAAUACAAACACAUAAUUUUGUAUAGAUGGAUAUCUAUUUUAUUAGAUUGUAUUGUAUUUGCUUUAUUUUAUUUGUUUGAUUAACAUUUAUCAAAAAUGUUUGACUAUUAAAUUCUUUUUUCUUAUCAUAAUAUUAUAUUUUAUGUUCAACCAGGUAAAAAAAGAUCUACCUUCAAAUUUUUAGAUCUUUAAAAUGAUAUAUAAAGGUCACAUGAAUCAAAUUUAUCAAAAAAUAGUCGUCUUAUUGGUUUUUAUUUUUUUAUAAACUAAAUGCUUAUUUCUUAAAAAUAUAUAUAUAUAUAUUAGUAAUGAGUACAUAAAAAUAAAUACAUUGAUAUUAAAAGAAAUAAUCGACUAAAUAAAUAGUUAACUAAAAUUAAUUAAAUAGUUCAAUAGUUUAAUUUUUUACAAACUUCAAUGUUUUUGUUUGUUAAAUAUCAGUUUUUUUUUUACUUAUUAUUGAGUGGAGUGAGAAAUGUAUUGGUCUUAUAAUGUUUAUUAUUAUUAUUUUUUUUUGUGAACAACUUUUCUACUAAAAAUGUUGCUCCAAUUUUCAAGUGUAGCUUCUUUUCUGAAAGGAAAUGUAUGUGGUGUUAUUUAUUACUGCUCACUUUCAAAACAUGUGUAACCGAAUUCCACUCAUAAUCGUUUUUUGGUUAGCAAUAAUUAAUUGUUGCAUACAUAUAUACAUUAAAUUUUCCCUCAACCUUCCCAACUCCCACUUACAACAGUGAGUUACACAUAGUCCAAAUUGUGUCUGUGUUUUUUUUUUGAGAAAGAAAAAUGAUUAUUUAGACUGUAAAAAUAAUAAAAACUAAUAAAACAACUAUUGUUUGACACAUUUGAUUAUUGCUACUUCUAGAAAUUAUUUUAAAGAUAUGAACAUUUGAGAGAAACCUUUUUUUUUUUGCUAAGGUGAACUUAAUAUCAAGAGAAGAGCAAAAAAAAAAGUUUUAAAUAAAAUGAAAACUCUGGUUGACUCUAAUACAUAUUAUAUACAAUAGGUAGAUAAAUAAAAUAUAAUUUUUAAGGUGUUUCUGAAUUUAUGUAGUUUAAAAUUAAAGCAUUAUUGAUUUUUAUAACUUUAUACUAUUUUACAGUCCAUAAGACAUGCAUUAUUAACAAAGGUAUUACCCAAAGUGAAAAUUCAUGAACUUUUUCAACUAAAUGUUGAUCAAAUUGUGACUCAUUUUCAAGAUAAAGUUCGUGCUGGUCCACCUCCAUUAGUUCAUAAAUCAGAAUGUAAUGAAGAAUUAAAACUUAUACCUGAUCCAGAAUUUCGACGGUUAUCAGCUACAAUUGAUAUUGAUAAAGCAUUGAAAUUAUAUAACGUAUAUAGGUAUUCUUAAUUUACCUACCAAUUAAGUAUGUAUUAACUAAUUUUAUUUUUGUAAUAAUAUUUUAGAAGUGAUUGUUUUGAUGAAGAUACUAGACUUCAACGUUGUAGUUUUGAAUUAAAAUUAAAAUUGGAAGCUUUAAAUGAUUCAAUGUUUGAUGAAGUUCAAAGGCAUUUAAUUUCUGCUGUAGACAAUUGUAUUGCUGGUAUAAGAUACUUUAGAGUUCAAUCAGAUGGACCCAAAUUAACCAAAGUUUCUAUAAGUAAUCCAUUAGUUCCGAGGUAAAUAAACAAAAAAAAAAAAAACAAUUUAAACCUGAGUGAUUUGUUUUGCAAAAAAUGUGUUUUAUGUUAAGGUAUUUUACGGAUUACGAAGGUUAUAAUGCUGAAGAAGUAUUGUAUUCUCCAAAUGGGAGAUUUGUAAUGGCACAUAAUGGAUGGGUGAUGGGUGGUGAUCCAUUUAAAAAUUUUGCUGGCCCUGAUUCUAACAUUUAUUUAAGAAGAGAAUUGAUUGCUUGGGGAGAUAGUGUUAAGUUGAGGUUUGUUUUUGUGUUAUAGUAGUUAUUAUUAACCAUUAGACAGACAAAUUGGUUUAACGAUUCUUAUAUAGAUAACCUCACAAAGAAGUAAUUAAGGUUAUAAUAUUAGUACCUAUAGAUAUUAUGUAUUAUUAUUUAUUUACUAUUUCUGUAGGGAACUAUUAGAACUGUUUUAAUUUUGUUAAUAAAUGAUAUAAAUCAUACUGAACUAUUUUUAGUAGAUACUCCAUUGGCCUACUUAAUCUUUACAGUUAAUUAUUAUAAUUCUAAUUUCUGUUGUUUGUAAUUAUUGACUAAUAUCAGAUAUGGUGAUGGACCUAAAGACUGCCCUUUUCUUUGGAAUCAUAUGUUGCGCUAUGUAGAACAAACAGUGACAAUUUUUGAUGGUAUUAGAUUAGAUAAUUGUCAUUCAACUCCAUUGAAUGUAGCCGAAGUAAAUUUAUUAUUUAUUAUUACUAAAUAAUUUAUACAUAUAAUUAUAUAAAAAAUAAGUCUUAUAUCUUGUUAUAUUAUUUACUUAUUAGUAUUUGCUGGAUGCUGCUCGAAAGAUUAAACCAGAUUUAUAUGUUGUGGCAGAGUUAUUUACAAAUUCAGAUGCUACUGAUAAUAUAUUUGUUAAUAGACUGGGAAUUACAUCACUUAUUCGAGGUCAGAUGAAUAUUGUUUUAUAAUAUUUAUUUAUAAUUUAUGUAAAAUUUAAUCUAAAAAUAUUAAUUUUUAUGAUAACAUAUUUUUUUUUAAAUAUAAGUUUAUAGAAUAUUAAUUCAAUUUGUGAACAUCAAAAAUGGCUUAAGUUGGAUUACUAGUUUAGUAAUAGUGAUUGGAAUAUUUGGUUUAAAAAUUAACUAGUUCAAGUUUAUCAAAUUAAAAUAAAAGUCAAUUAACUCAAUUAUAUAUAAAUAAUUUGUCUAUAAUAUUUGUAUUUAUUUUAAUACAUUUAUAAACAUUUUGUUUAUAAUAUAAAUAUUAAACACUGAUUGGUAAAUAACUUUAAGUGUUGUAAAAAUAAUUUCUGAGAAAUACUCUGGUUCUAUACGAGACACAAUAUAUUAUUAUUAUUUAUAAUUAUAAAUUUGAAAUCCUGAUAAUUAUCAAGAUUAUCUUUUAUGUAUUCAUUGUAUGAACUACGAAUUGGUGAAAAUCCAUAAGUAGCAUUUGUCAUUUAAUUUUUUUUAAAUAUUUGUUAACUUUUCAAUGAACUAAAACAAACUGAAAACAAUUCAUGUUCAUAAAAGAUAAGAACCUGAUUCAAGUUUAUCUCUUGAAAACAUGUUCAUAUCCCGUUCAUACAAAACAUACUGUUUUUUUUUUCACCAUUAGUUAAUAUUGUUAUUUAUGUAAUAUAUUCAAUAUUGCAUCUAUAGCAUAAUAGAUGUAUUAUAUUUUCUUUUUUUUGUCAAUUAUAGAAGCAAUGUCUGCAUGGGAUUCUCAUGAACUAGGACGUUUAGUUUAUCGUUUUGGUGGUGAACCUGUGGGUGGGUUUAUUAAGUUGUCAGAACAACCUCUGUAUCCUACUGUUGCUCCUGCUCUUUUUAUGGAUCAAACUCAUGAUAAUCCAUCUCCAAUAGAAAAGCAUACAGUUUAUGAUUUAUUGCCAAGUGCUGCUUUAGUAUCUAUGGCUUGUUGUGCGACCGGAAGUAAUAUGGGUUACGAUCAACUUGUACCACAUCAUGUAUGUUAAAUUAUAUGGUAAAAAUUAAAACUAAACAUAAAACAGUUUUUUGUUAUUAUUUUUAGAUUCAUGUUGUAGAAGAGGACAGACAAUACAUGAGUUGGUCAUACAAUGAAAUUAAUAUUAAUACAGGAAUAGUAGCAGGGAAAAAAGUAUUAAAUGAACUUCACUAUGAUCUUGGAAGACGGGGAUUCGAUCAAGUGUAUGUGGAUCAAAUUGAUAAUGAUAUUGUUUGUGUUACACGUAACAACAGUAAAACACAUGAAAAAGUUGUACUAAUGUCAUAUACCUCAUUUUCAACGCCAUUUAAUCAAAAUGGUUUGGGAAAACGAAUUACUGUGGAUGGAAAAAUUGAAAGUAUACUUAUAGAAGCUUCGUUAGAUUACAAGUAAUAUACAUACUUACAUACUUAUACUAGUAUAUAUAUUUAUUUUAAACUUCAAUUAUUUUAUAAUGAUUUAAAUAUUAUUUUCCUUUAGCCUAACUUGUACUGAAAAGGAAUUUAAAAAAGAUGCAAAUAAGAUCAAUGGCCUUGACAACUAUAUACUAAGUUUAAAACAAAAUAUUAGGCCUAAGGAAUGUGCCAUGUUAGAAAUAUCUUCAGAUGAUAAAUCUGUUGGUCUGAAUUUUACUGCAAAUUUUAAACCCGGUUGUAUAGUGGUUGUCAGUAUUUUGCCACUAGAAAAAACAAAAUUAGCCAUUACCCAUUUGCUAGCUGAUUUUGAUUUUGAGCAAGCAACAAGUCGUUUAACUCUUACUGACAUUAAUUAUAUUUUAUUCAGAUGUGCUGAAGAAGACGAAGGAAAUAUAUAUGAUGUUCCAGAAUUUGGUAAACUUGUUUAUUGUGGGAUUCAAGGGUUUAUAUCUGUUUUAGAUACCGUAGCUCUAAAUAAUGAUCUUGGGCAUCCGUUGUGUGCAAAUCUUCGAAAUGGUUUUUGGAUACUUGAUUAUAUAUGUGAACGUUUGAAACGUAAAGAAUUUGAAAAUAGUGCAGUUUAUCAAUUUGGAGAUUUUUUAGAACAAUAUUUCCGACCAAUCAGAAAAUUACCAUCAUACUUAGUUCCUUCUUAUUUUGAAUUUUCACUAAGGAAAGUGUAUAAUGCAUUAUUGAACCAUACUUGGUCAUUGAUGCCAGAAGACAUCAAGAAUGGUUCUACAUUUUGUAAGAGUUUAGCUCUUGCUUCAAUUCAGUUUGCUGGAAUAGUGAAAUCUAGUCCUCUUCCAUCUCUUUCCCCGAAUCUUUUAGCACCUUUACUCAAAACACAAAUUGGAUCUGAUGGAAAAUGUCGACCAGAGUGUGUCUCACUUGCAGCUGGAUUACCGCAUUUUUCCCAUGGAUAUAUGAGAAACUGGGGGCGAGAUACUUUCAUUUCAUUAAAAGGAUUAUUAUUACUUACUGGACGAUAUGAAGAAGCAAAGUAUAAUAUUACAGUAUUUGUGUAAAUAAAAUCAUACAUUGUACAUUUCUAAUUCAUUUUUAGAUACAUUAUUUUAGCUUUUGGCAGUUGUUUGAGACAUGGUCUUAUACCUAAUUUAUUAGACGGAGGAACCAACCCUCGAUAUAAUUGCCGUGAUGCUGUUUGGUGGUGGUUGUAUGUAAUUCAGCAGUAUGUUUCGAUGGUACCUGGGGGUAUAAGUAUUUUGAGUGAUCCUGUUAAUAGAAUAUUUCCAAGUGAUGAUUCUGAGCCAACAUCAGUAGUGAGUUAAAAGUUUAAAUGAGUUCUACAUGUUAUUAUUUUAAAAUUAUAUUAUUAGGAUCAACCGUUAUACCAACUAAUUCAAGAAGUUAUGACAGUCCAUUUUCAAGGCUUGUGUUUCCGAGAGCGUAAUGCUGGAAGUUCUAUCGAUGCUCACAUGAAAAGUCCUGGUUUUGAUAAUCAAAUUGGAGUUCAACCUACAACUGGAUUUGUAUUUGGUGGUAAUGAAUGGAAUUGUGGUACAUGGAUGGAUAAAAUGGGCUCCUCAGAUAAAGCUGGUAAUCGAGGAAAACCUGCUACUCCUCGUGAUGGAUCAGCUAUAGAAUUGGUUGCGCUAUCAAAAUCAGUUAUUGGAUGGUUGGCUAAAUUAAAUAAAACUGAAAAAUUUAAGUUUUCAGGAGUAACUCGUACAAAUAAAGAUGGUAAGUUACCCACAAGAGUUAUACAUUUAUUAUUUAAAAAUGGAUAUGAAGAUAAUUAUGUUCUCUCUUCCUCGAGCUAAAAAACAUUAAACUGUUAUAACUCAUAAACAGUACUAGUAUUAGUAUUAGUACUCAGCAUUCUAUAUUAAAUCUGUUUUUGAAAAAGGGAGGGAGUCCUUUUUGAAAAUAAAAAGGUCAAUACUUAUUUAAGGUAAUAUGAAUUAGGGGUAAUAAAUUGAAAAUAGUAUUAAAAUAAAGCUUAAACGAUUUAAUAAUAACUGAAAAAAAAAGAAACAGGAACCAAAUACACUUAAAAUCUACCUAGAAAAUUGCUAUAUUGUUUAUGAUAAAUGGAUCAUUUGUAUGUUUGUCGAUUUUCAAUGAAUGUAAAUGUGCUCUAAAGUUAUCUAAAUCAUAGGUUAAUUAUAUUUACAUUUGAUUUAUGCAAAUAUAUUUUUAAUUUAGGAUCAAUAACUUCUUGGACAUAUGAAGAAUGGAAUGAAAAGAUUCAAAAUAAUUUUGAAGCAUAUUUCUGGAUACCACAGGAUAAAAAAAGUCUUAAUAAAUUUGAAUCACUUCCUGAACUUAUAAAUCGUAGAGGUAUUUAUAAAGAUACAGUUGGUGCCUCAAAUAAAUGGGGAGACUAUCAAUUGCGAUGCAACUAUCCUGUAGCAAUGGUUGUGGUAAGUUUAAUUAUAAAAUGUAAUUAGUAUAUUUUUUGAAAUUUAUUUCUUAAAUAUUUUAUGUAUAUAUUAGGCUCCAGAGUUAUUUACUCCUAGUCAUGCAAGAGUAGCUUUACAAACAAUAUCGGAUGUACUUCUUGGACCACUUGGUAUGAAAACUUUAGAUCCGUUAGAUUGGGCAUAUGAUGGUUUUUAUAAUAAUGAUAAUAAUACUACUGAUUACAAAUUGGCCAAUGGCUUUAAUUAUCACCAAGGACCAGUAAGAACAAUGAAUUUAAUAUUUCAUUAGAAAUAAAAUGUUAUUGAAAUUUUUAAACUUUUAUUAGGAAUGGUUAUGGCCUGUUGGUUUUUUCUUAAGAGCGAAGUUGAUAUUUUCUACUAAAAAACAGGAAACUAAUUCUGAAAUCCAACAUAUUUUAUCCAAACAUUAUGAGCACUUAAAAACAUCUGUUUGGAGAGGACUGCCUGAAUUGACUAAUAAAGAUGGAGCUUUUUGUGCUGGGUCAUGUCCUACUCAAGCUUGGAGUGUUGCUACAAUUCUUGAAGUAAGUAGAAAACGAGCAUUUAUUAAAGUAAAAUGUAUAAUUUAUUUAUGACAUAUUAUCUUUGGACACAUAUGUUAUUAAAUUAGUUGUUUCUAUUUUUUUUUCUAACUAUAUUGCUUUACUGAUAUGCCUGGAAUUUAAUUUAGUUUAAUAUUAAUAACAGUUAUAUCCAAAAUUAUAAAUAUUCUUACCUAUUAUUAACACACUUCAUUUGUUUAUUCAAACAAUAAAUAAUUUUAUUAAUAAUGACAAAUUCAGGUAAGAAAUGCAUGCGGUUUCUACUUCUAAUUGACAUUUUAAAUUUAUCAUGAGUUAUCUUAUUCUAUAACACAUAUUUCUCCUGAUUUCAUUAAUUUAAAUCUAUACGGCUUAUGGUUUUUAGAUAUUAAAUAAAUAUUGUUCUAAUAGAAAAAUGAUAUGUCCUUUUUGUUGAAUUUUAAAUAUAGUUGGUGAGUAAGAAAGUCGUUUUUUAAUUUUCUCUGUAGUUUUAUUAAUAAUAAGGAAAAACUGAAAAAAAAAUGUAAAAUGAAAACUGAUAAAUUUAUGGUGUUUUCAUUAUUUUACAUUUUUAUACUUUCGAUUUUCUACUAAAAAAUAUUACUUUGAUGAAACAACAAGUGAUCUUUUUUGUUAGAUUUUUAAUCAAGUUGUUGGUUGAGAAAUUGGUUUUUUGAUUUUCUUUGUAAUUUUUUAAAUAAUUGAAGAAAACCUAAAAGUACUAUAAAAAGAAUGAGACAAUUUAUAAAAAUAAUUUAUUUUAUUUUAUUAUUUUUUUAAUAUAAUUUAGUUAAAACUAUUUAUAGAGACUUGAAAUUUUGACAGAAAACUAAUAUUUACUUUUUCUAGACCGAUUUUUCUAAAAAUAAUUUUCAAUUUUAUUUGUAUAUACAUGUAUCCUACCUUCCCAACUUCCUACUUACAACUGUGACGUAUCUGUGUCUUGUGUCAGCUUUUUUUAUUCAAUGUCCUCAAAAAUGAGAAAACUCUUAACAAUGUCUUAAUUUUUUUACUUACAUACAAUUUAUCUAAUAUAAUAUGCAUUUAUAAAUGUCACCUAAUUUACCUUUUGGUUCUUGUAAAAAAAUAAAGAUAUAUACAUUUGAAAAAUGAUACAUUCCAAUAAAAAUAUUGGAAUAAUUAAAAAUAAUUAGCAUUUAAAAGUCAUCAUACUUGAUUUGUUUUAUUAAUUUACAUAUAUUGCCGGUAAUAUUUUAUAUGUUAUAGGAUAUGAAUUCAUGAUACUAUGUAAUAAGGAAAGAAUAACUAACCCAGUAUUAAAUUAAUUCAUAUUGAUUAUCGUUAAUCCAAAAAAAAAUGUCAUGUGUAGGUAACAAAUGUAAACAACCUAAAGUUUAAUAUCUAUAUACACACAGAAAUAGGUUAUAUUGGUACAUUGAGUGAUUUGAUAAUCGCCGCAACAAUCUAUUAUAGUUUUGUAUGCUUUACUUUUAUUUUUUAUAGUUAUAUCAUGAGAAAUAUACUAUUCAAGAACACAAGUAUGGAUCUACAAUGUUGGCCUUAAUUCAUAAAAUAUUUUAACACUAUUAUGCUAUUAUAUUCACUAAUAAGUAAUUUGCAUUUGCUUGUUUAACGUAAGCGACUAAUAUUAAUUUUUAGUUUGUUUUCAUGAUUAAUCAAGUAUUUGUUUAUUUUUUUUCAGACAUUGAUGGUUAAUACAAACUCAAAUAGCUAAAUUAAAUGUAUAAAUAAUGUAAUAAUAAUAUGUAUGCCAUUAUUUGUGUGUUAUUAUCAUUGUAUGGAUUAAUCGACUGAAAAUAGGGACUGAUAAUAUUUUUUUGCCAUUUCUUUGAUGAAAAAUUUCAAACUGUUCAUUUUACAGAAUAGUCUAAUAUUAUUUGUAUCAUUUUUUGAAUUUGUGUAAAACUAAUUUUUUUUUAUUGUAUCUUACUAUUUUAUCCAUUACUGUUAUGUUAACCAUUAUGCAAAUACUAUGUUACCUCUAUUUGAAAAUAUAAAUUAGUUGUUUUUAAAAAUUGAAUUAGGUACUUUCUUUUUUUUUUUUUUUUUUACAUUAAUUUAAUCAAGUGUUUAAUCAAGGUAUUUAUAUUAAUAAAUUAUUAGCUUGUACCAAAAAUUUUUACUAAUUAUUAAUUUAUUAUAUUUUUAGACAGACCAAUUUGUAUACCCAAUAGAUUUAUAAAAUAAGUAUCUAUUAAUUUUAUUUAUUUAUCUUAUUUUAUAAAUUUAUUUGAUGAAUGUAUAAAUUUAAAAUGAUUUUAUUGUAAUGAUUAAGAGUUAUUAGGUGUGUAAUAAAAAUAGAAAAAUAUAUUGUUAUUUAUGAAAUCAGUAAAAUAUAAAGCUCGAUUCAGACAGCUUAUUAUUACAUUAUACAGUUUUGUUACAAAAAAUAGUUUCAUGAUGUGUAAUAAUUAGCUGUAUGAAUCUAGCUUUAAAUUAGUGUUCAUAUUAUGUAUGCCAUACAUUUCUCUAGUUAAAUACAUCAUCUAUGAUAUCAUAACAAGUAAUUUUACAAAUGUUUAGAUAGUAUUGUUGAAAAUACAAAAAUUAUAUUUUGCAUGUAUUGUGCUUUUUAUUAUAAACUAUGUAUUUUUUUUUCUUUUCUAUAGAAAAUAUUCAUGAUGACUAUAUUUUUUAUGAAAUUUUAAAUUAUAAAUUACAUCUUCAUUUAAAAACUAACUAGCUAC